AUGGACCCCAACGCCAAAGUGAAGAAAGGAGCCGGAGGGAGGAAAGGCGGUGGCCCGAAGAAGAAGCCCGUUUCGAGAUCCGUCAAGGCUGGCCUCCAGUUCCCGGUCGGCAGGAUCGGGCGGUUUCUGAAGAAGGGACGCUAUGCUCAGCGCGUGGGCACAGGCGCGCCGGUUUACAUGGCCGCCGUGCUUGAGUACCUCGCCGCCGAGGUGCUUGAGCUUGCUGGAAAUGCUGCAAGGGACAACAAGAGGAACAGGAUCAUCCCAAGGCACUUGCUGUUGGCCGUGAGGAACGACGAGGAGCUCGGGAAGCUUUUGGCCGGAGUCACGAUUGCCAACGGCGGAGUUAUCCCCAACAUCAACCCUGUUCUCCUGCCGAAGAAGACUGAGAAGGCUGCAGAGGCCGGAAAAUCACCCAAGAAGGCAACCAAGCGCUUCCCUCUCUCUUUCAUCCUUCCUCAUUUAUUAGAUCCCUCUUUCAUCCCUCACCGGCGAUCUGGUUUGCUUCGCUUUGAUACAAGGAAAAAGAGCGCAGAGCAAAGCAAAUCGAUGGCAGCCCCUCCCGCCCGAGCUCGAGCUGAUUACGAUUAUCUGAUCAAACUUCUUUUGAUAGGGGACAGCGGUGUGGGUAAGAGUUGCCUUCUUUUACGAUUUUCAGAUGGAUCCUUCACCACCAGUUUUAUUACUACCAUUGGGAUUGAUUUCAAGAUAAGAACCGUAGAGCUUGACGGGAAGAGAAUUAAACUACAGAUCUGGGAUACUGCUGGACAAGAGCGAUUCCGGACAAUCACAACUGCUUACUACCGGGGAGCAAUGGGUAUAUUACUAGUGUAUGAUGUCACUGACGAGUCAUCUUUCAACAACAUUAGGAAUUGGAUCAGAAACAUCGAACAGCAUGCCUCUGACAAUGUCAACAAGAUAUUGGUCGGCAACAAGGCCGACAUGGAUGAAAGCAAAAGGGCUGUUCCCACAUCAAAGGGCCAAGCGCUAGCAGAUGAAUACGGAAUCAAAUUCUUCGAGACAAGUGCCAAGACAAACAUGAACGUGGAGGAGGUUUUCUUCUCAAUCGCCAAGGACAUAAAGCAAAGGCUUGCCGAAACUGACUCAAAGGCCGAGCCUCAAACUAUAAGAAUUGCCCAAAACGACCAGUCAGGAGGGGCUGCCCAAGCUGCCAAAGGAUCAGCUUGCUGUGUCGGGCUCCUGAACAUCAUCACGCUCGUCCUCUCGAUCCCGAUCACCGGCGGUGGGAUAUGGCUUUCCCUGGUGGCCAACACCGAGUGCGAGCGGUUCCUCGACCGGUCGGUCAUCAGCGAUAGCCUGGCUCCUCGUGUCCAUGGUCGAACUCAUCGCAGGGUUUCGUGGCUCCUAUGGGUGUACCUGCAGUGCUGGUUAAGUGGUGGACAGAUGUGGGUGGACUUGCGGUGGCGACACGGUGGUGGGUGGCUUGUGGGGUUCACUCACCGCUCACCGCGCAUUAUAGCACCGAUGCCCAAUCUCUUUUUCAAUUUCACGGCCCUUGUCAUAAUUCCACCCACCCACCCCGCUACUAUCGUGCGCCGCCCCAUCACCAUAGCCACCCCCCACCCACUAGGCCACCCACCCUCAGGCCACCACAGCUAG